GUCUGUUUAGGAGGUCAGAUCCUGCCUCAGCAGCUGCACAACCUCAGCUUAUGGAUUUGCUGCACAAUCAUCGGUCCAAUGCCCAAUCCCGGGUCCACAAUGCUGCAACAUUUGUUGCAGCCAAGUCGAAGCUUGACACAGUGCUGCUCCCCAAUGAUUCCAUUGGGCACUUUGGCAUUGCCUUGUAUUUGCAGCCGCGCCUCUCGGAGGAGUUUAUUGAAUUUCUGGAAGCUUGCAUUUCUGCAUUGUGGAAUGCUUGUAGAGGUGUUUGUUCAGCUCUUUCGGCAUGAUCUUGAUCGUCUUCUUUUCUGUGAGAUGCAGCGACUCUGCCUCCUUUUAGUUUCUGUAAUCUCAAGUUCCGUUAGUGCGGGUGCGGCUCAUAGAAAAUCUAGGGAGAUAGAUAAAAAGAUAUUACGACACAAACCAUGCGCACCUGUUAGUAAUCAGGAUGAUACAUCAAACCUCAGUAAUGUGAGCUUGUUUUCAGAGUUCUUGUGCAAUAUCAUACUGUUCCGUAUUCAAAGCAUACUGCCAUUUUGGGGAGGAAGAGGAGAGUUUUUUUUGGGGUGUGGGUGGUCAAAAGAGGAGAGAUUGGUAAGAGGGAAGGAGGAGAGUUCUUCUGCAAUAUCAUACUGUCAUAUUUGGGAAUUGAAAAAAUUACGUGGCACAUUCAUGAUCACUAGAUAAAUUUGAAUGAUCAAGAAGAUAACAAAUGUCACGUUUAAAAAAACGAAUGGAGUCGUGUGUUGACAAUG